AUGGCGAGCGCUGCGGCCCCCGCGGCGCCCACCCCGGCUCCGCCGCUGGAGCAGCUCCGGCAUUUAGCCGGGGAUCUGCGGCUACUCCUGCCCGGAGUGCGGGUCGGCGAAGCCCAGGAGACCACCAAGGAGUUCAGCCGGGAGGCGUUUUGGAGAAGACUCAAUGAGGCCGCUGAGCAAGUGUCAAGGGAAGCCACGACUCUGACUGAAGUCUUCUCUCGACUGCCGCGGCCACUGCCGUCCUCACAGGAAGCCCAGAGGCUCUGUGAACAAGUCCAUGCUUCCAUCACGGCAAUUAUUGAAGUAUACUACUCGCUUCCCAAGGAUCAGGGAAUCACCCUGAGGAAGCUGGUUCGGAGCACCACUUUGGACAUCGUGGAGGGCAUGGCUCAGCUUGUGGAAGUCCUUUCCACCACUCCGGCUCAGAGCCCUGAGAACAGUGACCUUAUCUCUUGCAACAAUGUCUGGGUUGCGUGCGAGCAGGUGCCUCAGAUACCAAGAGAUAACAAAGCUGCAGCCCUUUUAAUGCUGACAAAGAAUGUGGAUUUAGUGAAGGAUGCACAUGAGGAAAUGGAGCGGGCUGUGGAAGAAUGUGACCCUUACCAUGGCCUCUUGAAUGAUGAUGAGGAGGACAGCUCUGACAGCCAUGGUGAUGAACAGGAUCAUGUGUUGGGGUGUCCAAACAAUCAGGACUCGUAUUGGUCAGAGGAAGAUCAAGAGCUUAUAAUCCCGUGCCUUGCGCUGGUGAGAGCAUCCAAAGCCUGCCUGAAGAGAAUCCGGAUCUCGGUGGCGGAGAACGGAAAGAAGGACCAGGUGGCCCAGCUGGACGACAUUGUGGAUAUUUCUGAUGAGAUCAGCCCGAGUGUGGAUGAUUUGGCUCUAAGUAUAUAUCCACCUAUGUGCUACCUGACUGUGCGAAUGAGUGCUGCAAAACUUGUAUCUGUUCUCAAGAAGGCACUUGAAAUUACAAAAGCCAGUCAUGUAACCCCGCAGCCCGAAGAUAGUUGGAUCCCUUUACUCAUUAAUGCUGUUGAUCACUGCAUGGACAGAAUCAAGGAACUCACUCAGAAUGAACUUGAAUUAUGA